CAUCACCUUGUGAGAAUGACAACGUCAAAUAUAGUGAUGAAUUCCUUCAAAUACAAUAUAUUAUUUAUGAAGAUCUGUGGUCUCUAUCCGUCGGAGAAAUAUGGCAAAUGGUUCAAGUUCUACGCAUUUCUCUUCUAUUUUGUUAUCACCCUUCCGGCUCCAUUGCUGCCAAUUACCCAUCUUGUGAUCAGCAGGGAGACAGAUAUGGAGAAAGUCGCUGAAAGUAUGUUCGUUAUCCUAGUAUCAGGGACGGUUGUACUUAAAUUCCUACCAUUCAAGUUUAAUCCUGACGACAUUAAAGGAAGUAUAUUUGCUCUCAAUCAAGACAUUUUCACAAGGGUGUUCAUGGACCAGGAACAGUAUAUCCGAGAAACAGAGGCUGCUUGCAGAAAAACAUUUGUGUCUUUCAUGACCUGUUAUUUACUAAGUCUAUUCACUUGGCCGAUUCGUGUUCUCAUUCGUCCAGGAAGGAAGUUCCCAAUCGAGAUUUGGUUGCCAUUCAACCCCUUUGAAAGAAUGGACGUUUACGUGACCAUGUUUGCCUACAUUGUUCUAGCAACGGGAAAUGCACCUGUAGGCAAUGCCUCCAUCGAAACCCUCAUAGGAGGCCUGAUCAAUCACGCUGCUUGUCAAAUAAGAAUUCUCAAAGACACUCUUCAAAAUCUCAGUCGAAGAGUGGAUGAACAUAUUGAAAAAAAAGUUGGAAUAAUUUCGGCUACGAAUAAGAAGAAACUCAAAAAUUAUAUAGUUCAUAGAGAGAUUUGUCACUGCGUGAAACAUUACGACGCUAUCUACAAUUUCGUGAGAAGUGUUGAAAAUACUUUUGCUUUCGUCAUACUCAAUACCUUUGCAGUUAGUUGCGUGGUUGUAUGCAUGACAUGUUUUCAGCUAUCCCUUGCUGAACCAUUCUCGGCUUAUUUUUUUGCAAUGGUGAUAUUAAUCAUUGCAUUAUUACUUCAAAUAGGUAUUUAUUGUUACUACGGGACUGUAUUGUAUGAAGAGAGUGAUACUAUCAAUUUUGCUAUUUAUUCAAGCGACUGGUACAACUUUGAUGAAAAAUCUAAAAAAGCACUGAUUAUUUUGAUGGAAAGAACAAAACGUCCUAUGUUGCUGAUGACUGGAAAAAUAUUAGACCUUUCUUUGACAACAUGGAUAAUGAUAAUUCGGCGAUCAUAUUCACUUCUAGCGGUGCUGCAAAAUUAUUAAUUGAUAUAAACCUAUUAGAGCAGACACAUUUGAGUUAAUGAAGAUAUUCGUAUUUUGGAUGCUAUCCUAAUGAAGUUUGAAUAUUACAGGUUAGGAUCUCCAUUGUCUCAAAUGAAGAAU